UAACCAACAACCCAUGAAGUUUCGUAGAAAAAUAUUUGUUUAUCUAACCCAUCCCAUAGAAGAUUCUGAGAAUAUCUAAUUUUCGUACAAUAACCAGUCCAUUAUUAACAUUAUUAACUUUCUACAACAACUUCGGUACCGAAACUUCAAAACUUGUAAAAAGUUUUGUUGAAAUUACUUAACAAAGAUGGAAAGUGUUGAAGAUAUGGAUUCAAUAGAAACACAGGAACCUAUUUACCCGGAAAUUAUUUUUUUAAAACAAGAAACCGAGAUAAAUUUUGAAAAUGAGACAGAAACAAUAGUGCCUGAAGUAAUAUCAGUUCCUAAAGCAAAUACUCAAGAAAAGUUAUCCAUAUCGAAAAAUUCAACAAAAGAACGAAUUUUCCAUUGUGAAACAUGUAGUCAAUCAUUCAUAAGUAAUUCACAUUUAAUAAUUCAUCAACGUAUUCAUACUGGAGAAAAACCGUACAAGUGUAAUGUUUGUGAUCGGGCAUUUUCACGUAGUUCUGACUUAAAAAUACAUAACCGUACACAUACAGGAGAAAAACCAUACGUUUGUAGCACAUGCAAAAAUGCUUUUACUACUAACUCCGAUUUAAAAGUACAUGAACGAAUUCAUACGGGCGAACGUCCCUAUGAGUGUCCAACGUGCUAUAAAGCGUUUAAAAGUAAUUCGGAAUUAAAAAGACAUGAUCGUAAACAUACUGGUGAGAGGACAUACAAGUGUUCAAUGUGUGAACAAAUAUUAAUAAGUAUGUCACAUUUGAGAAUACAUGAACGGACACAUACUGGUGAAAAGCCAUAUCCAUGUAACGUAUGUGGAAAAUCAUUUACACGCAAAGAACACUUAAAACGACACCAAAGAAUCCACCUUGCUAAAAUGGCAUCUGUUAAAAUUGAAAAUGAUUUUGGAUGAUUCUAGUGCAAUCGUCAUCAUGUACACUCAGUUUCAUAAAAAUUAACCAAAGUGGAAAUAAAUAAAAACAAUGAAAAAUUGUUGUUUAUGUCACACACAGCCUGAAUGGAAUUUAUUUCAAUUACAAAAAGUGGGAAUUUUUUUUAUCAUUUUAAAUGUACUUGUUCUUCGUCUAAUCGUAAUAGUUACAAUUGACUUUAAUUCAA